GUCUUGUUAAAAUGUAGAUUCUGAUUCAGUAUAUUUGGAGUGGAAAGGCAAAUUCUCAGAGUGAGGGUCAAACCGAGAACUGAUUGGAAUCCGUGCUCGAAAGGCGCUCCUCGUCUGAAUGGAUGGAGCUGGAAACUACAUUACCUAGAAGGCUGUGCGUCGUGUGUGGGCGGCGGUGCUGGGCCAAUGAUGGCCAAGGAGAGGGGCGAUUCCUGCGGACACGUCGGUGGGGGCGGGAUUUCCUGCUCUUUCGUAGGGUACGCCAUUUGCCUGUGGCGAUUUGGUCCCUGCUGGCCUUGAGGUCUUGAGGCUAAGCGAGUGCUGCUCCCCAGUCCUCUCAUCCAGACUGAGCCCGUAUGUUCGAGUCGUGAACCACUGUAACGUUGCCCCUCUGCGCCCGCCCAGGCAGCAGGCUCUCCGGGACUCCGCACCGCCCUUCACCUUCGCAGUUGCCAAGGGCGGCGCCCUGGGCCUGGUGCGCCUUUCACUCGGGGAGACUGAGGCCCAGAGGGCAACAGUCAGCCGAGCUACCCCCAGCAAACGCAGUGCAGGGUGGGAUCGUAGGGUCCCGGCCCGGCCGCCCCCUUGUUCAGGCCCUGCUCUCCUCACGGGGUCCCACGAUGGCGGCGGCGGUGAUGGACCCGGCCCAGGUGUCUGUGACAUUUGAGGAUGUGGCCGUGACCUUCACCCAGGAGGAGUGGGGGCAGCUGGACCUGACCCAGAGGAGCCUGUACCAGGAGGUGAUGCUGGAGAACUGUGGCCUGCUGAUCUCUCUGGGGUGUCCUGUGCCCAAACCAGAGCUGAUCUACGAGCUGGAGCUCAGGCAGAAGCUAUGGGCCGUGAAGAAAGACCUGUCCCUAAGCAUCUUUCCAGGGGACAAGACAAAACUUGAGACCACAGAGCUGACUGCUCCUGAGCCAGCCUUGUCUGAGGGAGCCUCAGACCAGGGACAAUUGACACUGGGAGCCUCCAGGGACCCCCAUCUGGGACGAGACAGGGAUCAGGAGGGGCCACCAGAAAUACAGGACCAACACUUGAGACCAGGGAUGGAUCCCCAGAAAGAGCAGCUCCCUGGAAAAAUGAGCCCUGAACAUGAUGGAUUGGGGUCAGAUGAUGGUGCAUGUUCAAGGAUUCUGCAGGACCGAGUCUCUCCAGGAGAUGCUGUCUAUGAUGGUGACUCACAUGGACGAGCUAAAGAUGCCAUAGCUCAUGAAGAGAGACAUCCCUAUGUAUGCAAGGAAUGUGGGAAAGUGUUUAAUAAGAAACGUCUCCUUGCUCAGCAUGAGCGGAUUCACUCUGGAGUGAAGCCUUAUGAGUGCACAGAGUGUGGGAAGUUCUUUAGAAAGAGCACAUAUCUUCUUCAGCACCACAUGGUCCAUACCGGGGAGAAGCCCUAUGGGUGCACAGAGUGUGGGAAGGCCUUCAACCGCAGGUCACACCUUACGCAGCACCAGCGGAUUCACAGUGGAGAGAAGCCUUAUAAGUGCAGUGAAUGUGGAAAGGCCUUCACUCACCGCUCCACUUUUGUUUUGCACAAGAGGAGCCACACUGGAGAAAAACCAUUUGUGUGCAAAGAGUGUGGGAAAGCCUUUCGUGAUCGGCCAGGCUUCAUUCGACACUACCUCAUUCACAGUGGAGAGAAUCCCUAUGAGUGCUUCGAGUGUGGGAAGGUCUUCAAACACAGGUCGUACCUCAUGUGGCACCAACAGACUCACACUGGGGAGAAACCCUAUGAAUGCAGUGAGUGUGGGAAAGCUUUCUGUGAGAGUGCAGCCCUCAUUCACCACUACAUCAUCCACACUGGGGAGAAGCCCUUUGAGUGCACAGAGUGUGGGAAGGCGUUCAACCACAGGUCAUACCUCAAGAGGCACCAGCGGAUUCACACCGGGGAGAAGCCCUAUGUGUGCAACGAAUGUGGAAAGGCCUUCACUCACUGCUCCACUUAUAUCUUACAUAAAAGGGCCCACACUGGGGAAAAACCUUUUGAGUGCAAAGAGUGUGGGAAAGCCUUUAGUAGUCGGGCUGACCUCAUUCGACACUAUACCAUCCAUACUGGAGAGAAGCCCCAUGAGUGCACUGAGUGUGGGAAGGCCUUCAGCCGCAGAUCUGGCCUCACGAGACACCAGCGGAUUCACAGCGGAGAGAAGCCCUAUGAGUGCAUCGAAUGUGGGAAAACUUUUUGUUGGAGCACAAAUCUUAUUCGACACUCUAUCAUCCACACGCGAGAGAAGCCCUAUGAGUGCAGUGAAUGUGGGAAGGCCUUUUGUCGCAGCUCAUCCCUCACUCAGCACCAAAGGAUUCAUACUGAGAAGUCCUAUCAGUGUAACAGAUGUGGAAAGACCUUUCACAAGUGGGCAAACCUCAGUCAACAUCCAAGAACUCCUAUUGGGGAAAGACUUUCUGAAUGUAACCACUGAGGAAAAUCUUUGGCCAGAGGAACCAUCUUACUCAGCAUCUGAUCGUUCAUACCAAAGGGAAAGCCCACAGUUGUCAUCCCUGUGAGGAGGUGUUCUGUGGCAGAUAAAUCGCUUGUCAUCUAAAGAGUCAGAAAUUGACCCUCCUAGACUCUGACUUGACAUCUAAGAAUUCAUCCAGGAAAGAGACCCAGUGGUCAUUGUGCACUUAGGAAAGCCCUCACCCACAUCUUUCUCCUCAGUUUACACUGCAGAGUUACCUCAGGAAUAUUUUUUAAAAAAGGAAAUGUAGAAGAGAAUAUUGAAAAAAAUGGAAACAGCGUCUUUCAGAUUCUCUGCCAAGCCUAUGACAAUUUGUCUUUACUUCCUAAUUUUAUCUGGGGAGAGGGGAGUAUUGUUUCAGGAUAAAGGGCCUCACCAGUUUAUGUUUCUUCUAUAUACAUUCACUGCUGUCUAGUGUCAGAAGAGUUUAGUCAGUUGAGGGCAAGGAUGAAAACUUUUUAAAAGUCUUCUUGGUUCUACAGUAUUGUCUCUAUUCUUCAAGAACCUAAGUCUGUGGGAAAUAAUGUAGGUUUGGUAAUGAAAUGCUUUUUUAUAUUUAAUGAGAUAAAGACAAACGAAUG